UGUGGAAUACUUCACUUGCCCUAAGAAGAACCUGCACUUACUGAGGCUUUUCAGCAGACCACCUUCCACUACACAGGAUAACAGUUUAGUAAGACUAUGGCUGGAAAACCGAAGCUUCACUACUCCAAUGGAAGAGGGAGAAUGGAAACCAUAAGGUGGAUGUUGAGUGCAGCUGGGAUUGAGUUUGAAGAACAAUACAUUGACUCAAAAGCAGCUCUUGAAAAGUUAAAAAACGAUGGAUGGCUGCUUUUCCAACAAGUGCCCAUGGUGGAAAUUGAUGGGAUGAAGCUGGUGCAAACACGAGCCAUUCUCAAUUACAUUGCAGGAAAAUACAACCUCUAUGGGAAGGACCUGAAGGAGAGAGCCCUGAUUGACAUGUAUUGUGAAGGUACUGUAGAUCUCAACGAGGGAAUUAUGAUGCUUCCGUUCAAGCCAGCUGACACCAAGGAGAAAGAGUUACAGGCAAUCCUGGAAAAAGUCUCCACCAGAUAUUUCCCAGUCUAUGAAAAGGUGCUAAAAGAUCAUGGACAAGACUUCCUUGUUGGAAAACAGCUUAGCAGAGCAGAUGUUCAACUCCUUGAAAGCAUUUUGAUGGUGGAAGAGUUGAAGGCAGACAUUCUCUCAACAUUUCCUUUAUUAAAGGCUUUUAAAGGGAGGAUAAGUAACAUCCCCACAAUUAAGAAAUUUUUGCAGCCUGGCAGUGCACGAAAACCU